AUGGUAAACUCUCAAGGCCAGGUGCACUGCAGCUACGUGGUGGGAAAAGCCAGGGUGACACCUAUCAAAACAGUGACCAUGCCCCGUCUGGAGUUAACAGCAGCGGUGAUGUCAGCCAAGGCAUCAGUCACACUUGGCAAAGAACUGGAAUAUAAAGUAGCAGAUGAACUUUUCUGGACGGAUAGUCAAAUCGUGAUAGGAUAUAUCGCCAAUGAGGCUAGGAGAUUUGGUGUGUUUGUAGCAAACCGAGUUCAGCAAAUAAAGGAUCGGACAGAAACUGAGCAGUGGAAACAUGUGAGAGGAGAGGAGAAUCCUGCUGACGAAGGGUCGAGAGGUCUAACAGUGGAGGAAAUGAAGGAAUCCAAAUGGCUAAAGGGACCCGGAUUUCUCUGGGAGCAGGAGCUCCCCAAAAACACCAUGACAGGAGAUGUCACGCUCAGUCCUGACGACCCAGAAGUUAGGAAAGCCUGUGUUCAUGCUGUGAGUGCAGAGGAGACAGGACCCAGCCCCCUAGAUGACAAAUGGCUCAGGAGAUUUUCAAGUUUAGGAAAGGCCAAGAGGAUUCUAGCACUGUGCUUGAGUUUCAUUCAAAGAUGCCGAAAUAAAGCCAAGGGGACAGAUGGACCGGUAGUAAAUGUAGCAGCCUUGGAGGAGAGCGAGAGAGUUCUUGUCAGGAUUGUGCAAAACGAAGCGUUUGAAGAAGAAAUACAAGCUCUCAAGAAGGAUGAGCCCAAUGGAAUCAGAAGGACCUCUCCCCUCUAUCAUUUGGAUCCAUACUUGGACAAAGAGGGAAUUGUCAGGCUGGGUGGCAGAUUGAGGAGAGCAAAAAUCAGCCACAAGCACCCCAUCAUACUACCCAAGAAAAGUCAGUUGGGAAAACUGGUUGCAUAUCAUCACCAAGAAACAUGCGCUCACGGUGGCCGUGGGAUGACCAUAAAUGAGAUCCGGGCAAAUGGUUACUGGAUCCUAGGCAUCAUAACUGCAGUGUCUCCAUUAAUCCAUAGAUGUGUAAGAUGUAGGAAGGCAAGACGCAAUGUUGAAACUCCCAAGAUGGCUGACCUACCCGUGGAUAGGAUAGAGGCAGGGGAAGGACCUUUUGAGUGUCGUGCCCUUGAUAUUUUCGGACCAUGGACUAUCCGGGAAAAGAGGAGUGAUCUGAAAAGAUAUGGUCUGAUGAUAACUUGUUUGGCUGUCAGGGCAGUGCACAUAGAAACAUUGAACUCCAUGACAACGGAUAGUUUUAUCAAUGCCUUGAGACGAUUCUGUGCUAUCAGGGGUCCGUGCCGUCUGAUUCGGUCAGAUCGGGGCAGCAACAUAGCAGGGGCAGAUACGGAGUUGAGAAAAGCUUGGGAGGUUAUGGACCACGAGAAAAUACGGGACCAUCUACUUACAGAAGGGGUUGAUUAUCAUUAUAUGAUGCCUAAGUUUGAGAUGAGCUUCCCUAAGUCCAGUCAUAUGAAUGGCGCUGUCGAGAGACAAAUCCGAACAGUACGAGCAAUCCUGAACCAGCUGUUGCAAAAUAGAGCCCAACAACUGGAUGAUGAGGCGAUAAGGACCUUCAUGGCUGAGGCAAUGGCAAUCGUCAAUUGCAGGCCAUUGACAGUGGAAAAUUUGGAGGAUCCGGGAUCAUUGCGCCCAUUGACCCCAAAUCACAUACUUACGAUGAAGUCAAGACCAGUACUCCCCCCACCUGGUAACUUUGAGAAGGCAGACUUGUACUUGGCGAAGAGAUGGAGGCGUGUGCAGGUUCUAGCUGAGGAAUUCUGGGACCGAUGGAGGAGAGAGUUCAUUUUAAAUCUUCAGCAGCGUCGGAAAUGGUGUGAAUCCCGUGAAAAUCUUCGAAAGGGAGAUAUUGUAAUCGAGAAGGACGAAGAUGUACCAAGAAACUGCUGGAAAUUGGCGCGAAUUACAGAAACCCACCCCAGUGAAGACGGCACGAUUGUCACCGGAGACCGGAAUCUGGCCCAUGAUGGGAGACGAGUCAAACCAUUGGUAAGUUAUGACAGGCCAGUGACCAAGCUGGUCCUUCUGUUGUCGGAAGAGUAA